GUGGCCAGUAGUUUGCGGCAUCGGGAGGAGGAGCAGCAACAGCAGCAGUAGCGGCGGCGGCUGGCUGAGAGGGGAGACGGGCGAGCGGGUGCAGACGGCAGCACCAGCUACCGCUCACCAUGCCUGGCUUGCCCGGAGGGCAUGGGCAUUCACUUCCCUAGCCCCUCGCGGGCUGCGGUGCAGUGUCCUCCCCGGCUUUCCAGCUGAGCUGAUUUACCCGAAACCUCCCACCCCAAACCCAUUUCUUCUUCCUCCUCCUCCUCUCUCUCUCUCUCAUACUCCACACUCGACUUCCCAUCCACACACUCACUCUUCCUCCCUUUCGAACAUCCACGGACAGACCUCCCUAGCGCGCGAGCGCCGGGGAGGGAGGAAGCCCUAAGCAGGGCGGACAGCGCUUCUCCUGGAGGAUGGGAUCCAGAAGCUUUGGCAAGUAAACUUUGGAGGCGACAGAAACCCUCGACCCUGGCAGCUGCCCAGCCGGACCCCAGCGACAUGCGGCUGAACUAAGGAAGGCUUUCUUUGGCGGCGGCGGCGGCGGCGGCGGCGGCGGCAGCGGCUGCUGCUGCGGUCCUUGAAGCGACACCCCAGCCCAAACCCAGGAAGGCGAAGAAGCCCCGGGUACCCGCGACUGCAGCCCUGCCUCUCCUGGCCGGUACUGUAGUAGCUUCCUUUCUUCACCUUCCCAUUCCCCGUGUCCCCCUCCCCCUUCCCCGGGGCAAUUGGAAAGAGCAGGACUUUGAUUUUCUUGGACAAAUUGCCAUCUUCCCGUUUUCAUAAACUUAAGGCGGAGGCCUGGGCUGCGUUAGUAACUUUGAUUUCCGAGAUAUAAACGCCCGCAGACCCACAACUGCUCUGUGGGAGGAACCCUGCGCCCACCUCGGAUCCUGGGCAGACGCACCCCCACGCCCUCGGACACCAACCUCAGCACCCGAGAGAGCGCUCUCGCAUCUCUCCCCUCCCCCUUCCUCUGCCCGCCCCGGGACAGCCCUCCGGCUCUGCCAAAUCCCCGGGAGCCCACGGAUCUUGCCAGCAACUCAGACUUCUGCCUGCGACCCCCCCCCUUUUCUCUAACAGGCCUCGAAGAGGUCAGAGUGGCCCCCCCGGAUCCCGGAGGGUGCGUACCAGGCGGGAGCUCCCUCCGCAGUGAGCUGGGCGCGCUGGGGGGAGGUCCUUGCGCAUGCCAGGUGCACAGACUGCGCGCUCGCCUGCCCCAGUGCCAGUGCGCUGCGGCGGGUCGGGCAGUGCCUGAGAGGCUGCGCCCCAACAGCCUUCCGCGUCCGAGCCCCAAGUACACUCCCGACUCUGCUGCUUGUGGCCGUCCGGGGCGUGCGAGCGCCGCUCGAACCGCAGCCCUGCGCCGCUGCGGCCAGUCCCGCCUGGCUAACUUUAAAAGGGGAAAACUGAGUAGCCGGGCUGGAGGGAGGGGGCUCGGGGCUGCUCGGCGCUCCCUGGGCACCCCGGAGCCCCCGGGCCCCCAGACAGUCCCUGCUGAGACCACUGCAAGCUCAGCAUUGGAGCCUGCGCGGGUUCAUCCCGCCCGCCGCCGGGCCGCCCUGGGCGGGACUCCUCCCGCGGCCUCCGGGGCCACGGGGCGCGCGCAACAGGCGGCCCGAGCCGGCGGGAAGCUGGAGCGCCGGCGGCGUCGGUCUCGGAGGGGUGUGGAGAGGCGAGGCCAGGCAGAGCCCCGCGCAGCCAUGGAGUCUCUCCUGCUGCCGGUGCUAUUGCUGUUGGCUGUACUGUGGACGCAGGCGGCUGCCCUGAUUAACCUAAAAUACUCGGUCGAAGAAGAGCAGCGCGCCGGGACGGUAAUCGCUAAUGUGGCCAAGGACGCGCGGGAGGCAGGCUUCGCGCUGGAUCCCCGACAGGCUUCUGCUUUCCGCGUGGUGUCCAACUCGGCUCCGCACCUGGUGGACAUCAACCCCAGCUCGGGCCUCUUGGUCACCAAGCAGAAGAUUGACCGAGACCUCCUUUGUCGCCAGAGCCCCAAGUGUAUUAUCUCGCUAGAGGUCAUGUCCAGCUCAAUGGAAAUCUGUGUGAUUAAGGUGGAAAUCAAAGACCUGAACGACAAUGCUCCCAGUUUUCCGGCCGCACAGAUUGAACUGGAGAUCUCCGAGGCAGCCAGCCCCGGCACGCGCAUCCCACUGGACAGCGCAUAUGACCCGGACUCAGGCAGUUUUGGUGUGCAGAACUACGAGCUCACGCCCAACGAGCUGUUUGGCCUGGAAAUAAAGACGCGGGGUGACGGUUCGCGCUUUGCUGAACUGGUAGUGGAGAAGAGCCUGGACCGUGAGACACAGUCACAUUACAGCUUUCGCAUUACAGCGCUCGACGGAGGCGACCCACCACACAUGGGCACAGUUGGCCUCAGCAUCAAGGUGACCGACUCGAAUGACAACAACCCGGUGUUUGGCGAGUCCACUUACUCAGUGAGCGUGCCUGAAAACUCACCUCCCAAUACACCCGUCAUCCGCCUCAAUGCCAGCGAUCCAGAUGAGGGCACCAACGGCCAAGUGGUUUACUCUUUCUAUGGUUAUGUCAAUGACCGCACGCGUGAACUCUUCCAAAUUGACCCACACAGCGGCCUGGUCACUGUCACCGGGGAGCUAGACUUUGAAGAGGGCCACGUGUACGAACUGGAUGUGCAAGCCAAAGACCUGGGGCCCAACUCUAUCCCUGCACACUGCAAAGUCACUGUCAGCGUGCUAGACACUAAUGACAACCCCCCAAUUAUCAACCUACUGUCGGUCAAUAGCGAGCUUGUCGAGGUGAGCGAGAGCGCCCCCCCGGGCUACGUUAUUGCCCUGGUUCGGGUGUCUGAUCGCGACUCGGGUCUCAAUGGACGUGUGCAGUGCCGCUUGCUGGGCAAUGUCCCCUUUCGGCUGCAGGAGUACGAGAGCUUCUCCACUAUUCUUGUUGAUGGGCGGCUGGAUCGAGAGCAGCAUGACCAGUAUAAUCUUACUAUUCAGGCUCGAGACAGUGGUGUGCCUAUGCUGCAAAGUGCCAAGUCUUUCACUGUGCGUAUCACAGACGAGAAUGACAACCACCCACACUUCUCCAAGCCUUACUAUCAAGUCAUUGUACAGGAGAACAACACUCCUGGUGCCUAUCUGCUCUCUGUGUCUGCCCGCGACCCUGACAUGGGUCUCAAUGGCAGCGUCUCCUACCAAAUUGUGCCAUCACAGGUGCGAGACAUGCCAGUCUUCACCUAUGUCUCUAUCAAUCCCAACUCUGGUGACAUCUAUGCGCUACGAUCCUUUAACCAUGAGCAGACCAAGGCAUUUGAAUUCAAGGUCCUGGCCAAGGAUGGCGGCUUGCCCUCACUCCAAAGCAAUGCCACAGUGAGGGUCAUUAUCCUAGAUGUCAAUGACAAUACCCCGGUCAUCACCGCCCCACCUCUGAUCAAUGGCUCUGCUGAGGUCUACAUUCCUCGAAAUGCCGGCAUAGGCUAUUUGGUGACUAUAGUUAAGGCAGACGAUUAUGAUGAGGGAGAAAAUGGCCGAGUCACCUAUGACAUGACAGAAGGUGACCGAGGUUUCUUCGAAAUAGACCAGGUCAAUGGAGAAGUCAGAACCACUCGCACCUUUAAUGAGAAUUCCAAGGCUUCCUAUGAGCUUAUAGUGGUGGCCCAUGACCAUGGCAAGACGUCUCUUUCUGCGUCUGCCCUUAUCCUAAUCUACUUAUCCCCAGCUCUUGAUGCCCAAGAGUCAAUGGGCUCUGUGAACUUAUCUCUGAUUUUCAUUAUUGCUCUGGGCUCCAUUGCUGGCAUUCUCUUUGUCACUAUGAUCUUCGUGGCAAUCAAGUGCAAGCGUGACAACAAAGAGAUCCGGACCUACAAUUGCAGUAAUUGUUUAACCAUCACUUGUCUCCUCGGCUGUUUUAUAAAAGGACAAAACAGCAAGUGUCUGCAUUGCAUCUCGGUUUCUCCCAUUAGCGAGGAGCAAGACAAAAAGGCAGAGGAGAAAGUGAGCCUAAGGGGAAAGAGAAUCGCUGAGUACUCCUAUGGGCAUCAAAAGAAAUCAAGUAAGAAGAAAAAAAUUAGUAAGAAUGACAUCCGCCUUGUACCUCGGGAGGUGGAGGAGACAGACAAGAUGAAUGUUGUCAGUUGCUCCUCCCUUACUUCGUCCCUCAACUAUUUCGACUACCACCAGCAGACACUGCCCCUGGGCUGCCGUCGCUCUGAGAGCACUUUCCUGAAUGUGGAGAACCAGAAUACACGCAACACUACUGCCAACCACAUCUACCACCACUCCUUCAACAGCCAGGGCCCACAACAGCCAGACCUGAUCAUCAAUGGUGUGCCCCUGCCUGAGACUGAAAACUAUUCUUUUGACUCUAACUACGUGAAUAGCCGUGCCCAUUUAAUCAAAAGCAGCUCCACCUUCAAGGACCUAGAGGGCAACAGCCUGAAGGAUAGUGGGCAUGAGGAGAGUGACCAGACUGACAGUGAGCAUGAUGUCCAGAGGAGCCUGUACUGCGAUACUGCUGUGAAUGAUGUUCUGAACACCAGUGUGACCUCCAUGGGAUCUCAGAUGCCUGACCAUGACCAGAAUGAAGGAUUUCAUUGCAGGGAAGAAUGCCGGAUUCUUGGCCACUCUGAUAGAUGCUGGAUGCCCCGGAAUCCUAUGCCCACCCGCUCCAAGUCCCCUGAGCAUGUGAGGAACAUCAUCGCUCUGUCCAUUGAAGCUACUGCUGCUGAUGUUGAGGCUUAUGACGACUGCGGCCCCACCAAGCGGACUUUCGCGACCUUUGGAAAAGAUGUCAGCAGCCACCGGGCUGAGGAUCGACCCAUCCUGAAAGGCAAGCGGACUGUCGAUGUGACCAUCUGCAGCCCCAAAGUCAACAGCGCUAUCCGAGAGGCAGGCAAUGGGUGUGAAGCUAUUAGCCCUGUCACCUCUCCACUCCAUCUGAAGAGUCCUCUGCCCACCAAGCCUUCCAUGUCUUACACCGUCGCCCUGGCUCCUCCUGCUCAUGAUCUGGAGCACCAUGCCAACAGUGGCGCCUCUCGUCCUUCUGAAGCUGAGCCCCGUGGAGCCGACAGUGAGAAAGUCAUGCAUGAGGUCAACCCUAUUCUGAAGGAAGGUCGCGACAAGGAAUCUCCUGGCGUGAAGCGUCUGAAAGAUAUCGUUCUCUAAACCCCUCUGGGUUCGAAGAAGAGAGAACGAAACCACACUGGCUAAUGAAGAUGUAGCAGCUGCUCAUUUUAAUUGCUCACCAAUGGUUGGUUCUUGAGUAGCUGCAUUGUAGAGCUUUCCCUAAAUGUAUUGUGUAUAAGUGACUAUCAUUCUGUGACAAUCCCUCUUGUUUCAACAGGCAGUAGGGGUGUUCAGUUGGAGCAAAUUAGCUUUGGCUUGAGUUGUUCAUGGGGCCUUGAUGUUGGGGAAACAGAGGCAAAUUCAAUUGUGAAAAAGUAUUAUGUAUUAAGUGUUUGAAUUUAUAUAUUUUUAUAUGUCAAAAUGAUAAUAUAAAUUACCAUUGUUUGUGAAGAAUUACAUUUAAAAAAGCAAAAAGAAAAAAAAAAGAAAAAAAAAAACAAAACAAAGCUCUGGAUACCUUUAAGAAGCUCGCCACUGUUUUUUGUAGUGUAGACAAGUUAUUGGUCAUUUAUUGUGUACUAUUCAUUGAUUCAGUGAUGUGAAAUCGAGCCCCCAAAAGGUUGUUUCUGAAGCUCGAGUACUUUCCAAUGCCGCUACUUUGCUGUCGAUGCCCCUGCUUUAAGAACCCUUUUGCUAGCUGUGCUGUUGUUGUAUUUGAUAUUGCAAAUUGCUAUGUGUGUGGUGAUGGCAAAAGGCUUUUAAAGGUUGAUGUUUUCUUUUCUUAAAAAAAUAAUAAAAAAUACAGAUAAAAACAAAAUGCGAACAAUGGAGGCAGCAAAUGAGUGAGCAACACCACACCUAGAGGUUGAGGACGUGGUGGAUAUUCACAUGGUUUACUCCAUGGAGUGAUUGCUCACCAACCUUGCAGAGGAUUUCUCCUGCCUUUCAAUCUUCUGCCUGGAUCUGUGCUAGAUCAUUGUAGAAAGUCAUUUUUGGAUUUGCUGCUAUCUAAUUUGCAGUUGUCAGAAAUACUGUGCUGAAAAUUUUAUGAGAUACAUUAUUUUUUUUUCUAAUUUUCAGGCCCUGCACAGGAAAGUUACUCCUGAAGUUAUCAGUUUUCAGGCUGAGAAAUUCCCUGUCUCCAGUCAUCUAAAACCCAUGUAACAUGACUGAGUCUAUUUUGAGAACUAAAUUACCAUCUCUUUAGACAUAUACUUUCUGAUUCAGUGUUUUCCCAAUCAUGAUUGGAAUAAGAUGGUAAAGCGCAUCAUGGGCUGGAAUUAAGGGCUCCAUAUUGCUCUUUAUCUUAGGCUUAUAAAUAAUGCUAGAGUAAGCAGUAUGAAGUGUACACAUAGGAAAAGACAGGUAAUAACAUCACUAAUCUAAUUACUGUGCCUUCUAAACGGAGACACUCAGACACUUGAACUCGUCUUUUUAUGACUAAUACUUUUUUGAUUAAAAAUGUGAACAAGAAAUUAUUAAAACAAAACUUCUUUAGAUUUAGCUAACUCUUUUUUUUCUGUAGGCUAGGAAUAUGCCUUUUAACACUAACAAACUGUACCUUCUUUUUGUUGUUAUUGUUUUAACACUGCACAAAUGCCCCUAUUUUAUCAUGUCUAUUAAUAUUCACUAGCCAACAUAGUAUUCUUGCAGCCUAAGAGUUCAUUAUUUAAAAUAAACUAAAGAAACAUGUCACCUUUCCUCUACCUUUGUCUUAAAAGAAUUGUUUCUAAAGAAACAAGAUUUUUGUUCUUCUCUCUUUUGUAAUUCAAGAAUACUUAGAAAGGCUAGAAGUUAGAGCGCUAGAAUUCAAAAGAGAAUUUAUUUUCUUAAGUUUAGUAGAUAACAGUCAGCUUUUUGAAAUGUUUUCAUUAUUUUUUACCUGAGUUCCUAGCUUUAUACAUUACUAGGAAUAUUUUCUUUUGUGGGAGGUGGGAGGGUUUUAAGGGAAGGGGUGGGUAAGGCACUGGGCAUGGGGUUAGGUAGGGGAGAAGAUUUCUGGAAAAAAAGACACCUAUAAUGAAGCUACAAAUUUAUUCUUAUUUCCUAUUCUGUACUGAAUACUACCUCAUGCAAAAUAUUGGCAUGGCUGCAAAUUUCCUCCCCCUUCCCCCCACUGACACAGUUGCCCUUCCAUCUUCUUCUUGCCUCAGUUAAUUUUCUCUCAUAUAUUUUCUCCUGUUCUGAUUUACUUUAUUUUAGUAGAGUAGAUUAUGAGUUAGGUAUUUAUUUUUGUUCCUCCAGAUGACUAUUUAAUUAACACAUUUAGCUUUUGACAAGUGUCCUUUAAGUUAGAAUGACUGCCUAUAGAAUUUCGACUGCUCUUCACCGUGAUCUAUCUGAGAGUAUCUUGUUAGUUAGUGCCUCAAGGUCACUUUGUAGUCAGACUGGACAGUUUUCUACAGGUGUAUUUCUUACUAGGGAGUUUGAAAGAUUGUGGAAAAUGGAAAUGGAAGGAUGGAACGUAGAGCAGCCACUGCCUGCAACAGUCUUACCAGCCACUUAAAAACACAGCAGUGGCAUUAACUUUUUUUUAAACCUUUUUUUAAAGCAACUAAUUUCUUAAAGCAAUUUCUUAAGUUAUCCCCAGAAUUUAUGUUCAAGCUUUAGAUUCAUCCUUUUACCCUAUCUAUAAAAUCAUUGUUCUCAGUGGGCAGUCAGCAUUUUUUUUCAGUUUCCAAACUAUUUACUAUGUUCAGAGAAUUUUUCUCACUAAGGAAAUUCCGCGCCCCCCUUCCGAUUAUCUGAUGGAAGUGCAAGUGCAUCCUAGGAGGGCUUUGUAGGCAGGUUCUACAGGCAGGCUGUGCUUGCAAAUAGGACUUUUGCACAAGGGUCUUAAAUUUCCCAUCAAAGUGGGAUUCUUCCCCUCCCUUUUUAACAUAUGUGAUAAAAAGGUACCUAGGCCAAUGGGGCAAAUAUCUUUUCCUUUUUUUUCCUGCAAACAUGUUACACACUUAAGCAAGUGGGAACAAUUUUAGUUCCCAAGUCCUAGGGAGUCCAAUUCUACUUAUUCUGAUGUCCCUAGAUCAUGAAGUGUAACAUGCUUAAAAUUUUUCUGGCCAGGUAAACGUCUUUAUUCAGUAUAGGGAAUCUAGUUUGCAUUGAUUGAUUGCUUUCUCACAAACAUAGGAACAUGCUAUUCAGUAAGAAAUUGGGAGAACUGCUCCACAGUGUCCUAUGGAAACUUUUCUUUCCCUAUGCAGACUAGUAAAUGAACCUGUUCAGAAUGAAACUUAGUGUUCCAUUGAUCCUCUGAAGCCAGUAGAAAAAGUGAAGGUUUAUCUUGGUACUGAAUAGAUAGUGGGCUUUGGAAUUCAGUACUUCCUGCAGAACAGUGCUUCUCAAAAUACUGUCUCAGAGCAACAUCACUUAGGAACUUGUUAGAAAUGAUAAUUCUAUACCCCUGCCUAGAAUGACUGUAUAAGAAAUACUGAGGAUCUGGCCCAGAAAUCCAUAUAAGUCAGAGGCCCGCUCAAGUUUGAGGGCUUGUUAAAGCACAGGUUUGUAGAGCCUAAUCCUUAGAAUUUUUAUUCAGUUGUUUUGGAGUAGGAUCUCUUUUCCUAUCUACAGAUGCCUAGGAGAUACUGAGGAGACAAUGCUCCAGAGGAAACUUGCCUCAUAGGAUUAACUGCAUCUAAAGUGGCCAUUUAUACACACUUGUUGAUGUGGUGACCAACUGACCACUAAUGAACUCUGAAACUGGAAAGUACCUUCCAGAUCCUGUCAUCUCAGCAUAUGGCUGGUAGAGGAGAAUUCAAACGACUUUUUCCUCUAUACCUACCAUUUCACUCAAAAGCAAACACAAAUGGUCCACUUGAAGUAGCAAAGACAAGAGGCAGUUUGGGGAGAGGCAAGGAUGGAAGGGAUAGCUUUUUUGGGCAUUCAAGGUGGAGUAGGAUUAUUACUGUACAUAAUCCAUUUUAUGGGGAACAUUUUGAUGUCAAAUGUUUCCCCCAGGCACUCUCAGCAAGUCUGGUCCACUUGGCUCUUUUCACAGGGUAAUAAGACCCUUCUGACUUUGACAAACUGGCAUAAAUGAGCUGAAGAAGUCCAUUGUAUACAGUCCUAGUGUUUGCCUUCUUGGUAAAAUUACAUUUUAAGGAUGUCAUUUCAUGAGUCAAAUUGUAUCUGCUGACACUAAAGUGUAUUGAGAUGUUGUUCUUUAGUUUAAGUAUGUAUCAAAGUAAUAUUCAAAGGGGAUGUAUGGGGGUGGGACUGGGACUGGGUGGCUUUAUAUUGAUAUUGAAAUAUUCCAGAGCAAAACACAUUGUCCUAAUGAAGUUGUUACAGCUCUCUUUGUUUUCUUGUGAAGCUGGAAUUGGCCCGUGGGUCACUUGUUGUGCAAAAGUGAAUUAAUUUCAAAUAGGAAUCACAUUGCUUUUGUAAAACAAAGAAAAUCAACCACCUUGUCUGAAGUAUAUGUUGUAAGGCGCUCUUGGUAAGCAACAACUCAGAAACACCUGACCUUGAUUGGAAAGCAUUGUAGGUCAUUAGGGAAAUCUGAUGAUGCUGACUGGUGUUCCAGCUGUGUUGGCAAUUAAAGAUGACCUUGUUACUAACUGAAUGUUGCUGUCAACCUUAGCAAACAAACCAGCUAACACCUUUACAGCACCAGUUAAGUAGAUGUUUACUGGCACUGGUUGACAUUCAGCUGAGGAAGGCUAAGACACAGACUAAUGACCAAGAGUCAGACUAGGUCUAGCUAGAAAUUCAGCAACAAAUACCUCCUUGUGCUCUUUGAAUGCUAAGGUAUUAGUUGCAAAAGGCUUACGCCUUCGCUCCUCUAGUGAGGGGAUUGAGCCUGAUGACACUAUUACUGUUUACCUGUCAAACCAGGGUGGCGAUUUAGAAGGAUGCAGUACAGUAUGUCUCAUUAAGCAGUCUCUGUUGCUGAUUAUAUGAAGAUGAAAUGGUUGUAUAUGCUGAUCUGUAUGUUAUGUACAUUUUCACAGUGAUUGAAUCAUUGUAAAAACAAAAAAGACAAAAAAGAAUCACCACUCUGUCUAUUUUAUGAAGAUGAUAAAGCAGCUUUAUUAAAUUAUUACGGUUCUGUUCUAAAUGGUGUUACCUGCCACAUUGUUUCCUUUUAUCUGGUGGUUCCCUGUUUUCCUCUUAAAUGUGUUUUCUCUGCUUCAAAAAUUUAAUGCAUUUUAGUAUUAAAGGCUAUUAUGGAAAAAGUAAUGAGUUUUUGGUGAAA